GAGGUGGGAUGCGGUAGUGGUAGGCUGCUGAUGCUGCUGAUGCCGUCUUUUUUUUGCGUCUUGAGCAUCAUCGCCAGAGGAGAGACCAUCAAGACCACCAAGAUCACCCCGGAGCCAGGGACACCGCAGACUGGAUAACGGAGGGAUGGAGUUCAAGCAUCUGGUGGAGUCGGCGGAGAAGUGGUGCUCCGGGAACCCGUUCGACCUCAUCUUCGCCGAGGAGGACGACGAGAGGCGGCUGGACUUUUACGCAGAGCCCGGCGUCUCCUUCUACGUGCUGUGUCCAAGUGGCACCGACAGCUUUCACGUGUGGAGCGAGAGUGAGGACUGCCUUCCCUUCCUUCAGUUGGCCCAGGACUACAUCUCCUCCUGCGGGAAGAAGACCCUGCUGGAGGUGCUGGAGAAGGUCUUCACGUCCUUCAGGCCUCUGCUCGGCCUGCCAGACAUAGAAGACGACAGUUUCGAGCAUUACCACGCUGACAUGGAGGGGGAACCAGGGCCGGACCACCAGCAGAUGGGGGUCAGCCAGCAGUGA